GCGGGACCGCGCCCCCUUACAGGGACGUGGCACGCAUGUCGCCAGCGCGCCCUCUCGCGGCGACUACUGGCAGCUGUUUAGUGGUUACCAUAGGAACCGCCGCACGAGGCAAGUGCGAUUUCGGCGAUUAAAACAAAAUGACCUCCAAGAGCCAGUUUAAAACCUAUCGCACGAACGUGAAAAUUGGCAACUGGAAAGAGGAGCAGCACCUAGAAGAGGAUGUGAGGAAAGAAUACUUGAGCAAAAGGGAAAGGGGCGAGCUCGCUGCCCAGAAAGUUGACUUCCUCAAGCACCACAUCCUGAGUCCUGUGGACCUGACCGUCACCAUGGAUGGGGAGUUACACUUUGGGGAUGUUGUGAUGCUGGUCAACAUAGGAGAACAAGGCGUGUGUUACGCUUUAGGCGUCAACGCGUACGUUGACAACAUGGUGAAGAGUCCUUGUCCUGGCAUCGUUGCCCCGUGUGGGAUCAGUGCUGGGAGAAGCAUUCAGCCCAGUGUGCGUACUGCCUUCAUUAUUACCAGUGUGGAUGGCACUCCUGUAGGAGCCACUUUGCACUACGAGCAAAGUUUUGCCCUGAAAACAACAAGUGGCUUUGCCCGCGGCCUCUACCUGACAAGUGACCUGCAGAGUUUCCGGAAGUCUGCACAGAGGUCUCGUCUCCAGGAAGUCAACAUGGAAAAAAGCGGAUCCUUUCUCUCCUGGUGGAAGAUAGUGCACUUUGACCCACAGGAGAGACUUGAACAUGAGGGUCUGCCUGUACCCGCUAACUUCAACGUGAUCAUCCUCCACUGCAAAACCAACCAGGCUCUGGCUGUUAUGGAACAUCUUAUUCUUGGGACCCCAUACGGCAAUGAAUGCGAGGUGACCGCUCACACCUUCUUCGAUGCCCAUAAAGCUGAAAAGCCCAACAACCACUGGAUACUCUGCACCUCUGACCCGGCAGGGGAGGGGCUUGUGCUUCUCAAUCGCCUGCAGUCAGAGCCUACCGGCGCGACCUCAGAAAACACUGACAAUCCUAAAGAGUACAUUACGUGCAAUGUAUGCGACUAUAAGGAACAUUUGUAACUUCCAAAAAAUAGACGUUUGUGUUUUGGUUGAUUAUUUGUGAUUGGAUUCAAACCAGAGUUACAUUGCUUAAAAAGCGAGGAAUAUUUGUUGGAAUAAAAAAAUGAUAUGUUUUUCAAACA